AUCAUGGUAUCCCCUGUAUCUUAAAUCUUUUUUCCUUUUUUGGCCGAGAAAAACCCAACCGUUGAAAGGCCGGAAAUUUCUGGGGAAGAAGAGAAAACGAAAAGGCGAGAAGAAGAAGCAAAUCUCGUUAGCUGAUUUUCCAUUCUAUGCAAGCAGAGAAUACAAACCAUAGCUCCUAACUAGAGUGGCUGAAGAUAUCAAUCAUGAACCGAGGAAUGGCUUCUCUUGGUCAAGCUCCUUCUAUCAUGUCCAUUAGAACUCCUCAAGCCUACCCCCAAAGGCUGAAGAUAUUAAAAGUCUCAAGGAUCCUGCACACUCUCACCUUCCCUCAUAUCCAAAUCAGAAGUCAUCCUGUUGGUUGCACGAAGUUGUCUCAAUGGGAACCUUCACCAGUCACAUAUGCUCCCACUGAAAAAACUGGGGAUAACUUCUUGGAGAAACGUUCCAACAUAUUUGACACUCUGGAUUCUGAUAAAGGUGAGGAAGCACCAGUGAUUAAGACCGAAGAUCUUGCAAACACAACUAACCAGGUAGCAGUUCAAUUCCAGUUUCUUAAAUGGCCUAUGUGGCUGCUGGGCCCUUCCCUUCUCCUUGCCACAGGCAUGGUACCCUCUUUGUGGUUACCAAUAUCUUCCAUAUUUCUUGGUCCCAAUAUGGUCAGCCUGCUAUCCUUGGUUGGCUUAGAUUUCAUCUUCAAUCUGGGUGCAACGCUUUUUCUCCUCAUGGCUGAUUCCUGUGCCCGGUCAAAGAACCUGGAACAAGCCAGCAAUAGCGCACCUCCUUUCAGUUAUAAAUUUUGGAACAUAGUAGCAACAUUGACUGGACUCAUCACCCCCUUGCUAAUGUUGUUCGGAUCACAAAAGGGAUUCCUUGAACCUCAGUUAUCUUUCAUCUCAUUUGCAGUUCUAUUGGGUCCAUACGUUUUACUUCUGUCGGUACAGAUUCUCACUGAGAUGCUGACCUGGCACUGGCAGUCACCGGUCUGGUUAGUGACCCCCAUUGUCUACGAGGCUUACCGUGUUUUGCAGUUGAUGAGGGGAUUGAAACUUGCGGCCGAGGUCACUGCACCAACAUGGAUGCUGCAUACUAUCAGGGGGCUGGUGUGUUGGUGGGUGCUGAUCCUUGGUGUGCAACUCAUGAGGGUUGCUUGGUUUGCCGGUUUUACUGCUCGAGCACGUCAACAAUGGUUUUCUGCUUCUCCUUCAGCAAAUGCUCAGUGAUAAUUACCAAAAAGAAAAGAAGAAGAAGAAUUGUACUUGUUACCUGUAUGAUGUUGUAAAUUUCUGCAAACAAUUAUUAGAAUAUUUGAAAAAAAA